UGGGAACAGCACGCCCUGCCCUUGGCGCUGCUGCCAGGGCCACAGUUCAUUCAGGAAACGGAGAAGGGGCUUUUCUUUGCCGAAUUACAUAAUCCAGCCAAGAACUUCAGCAAUGUAGAGGUUUGCGUACCCGCUUUCGCAGACAAGUGCAGCUGUGCCAGGGAAAGGGAGGCCGCAGCGGAGUGAGCGAAGCAGUUCCAAUGUGGACACACAGCGUGGCUCAUCCCAGAGAGGGCUGAAUUGCGGCGUUCCCAGCGCCGACAUGUGCUCGGGGAUGCGCCUUGUCCCCAGCGCCCCGGCCCCCGGGGGAGUCCCUGGAAUCACUCGCCCUGGCCCUGCGGGGAGCGCUUCACCUCAGUUGGUGCCUGAGCAGCACAUGGGCCCCGCACAAAGGGCUCGGUGCCUCCCCGGGCUCACCGGCAGCACCAGGCCACAGCGAGCUGCCCGCGCUCGCCUCCCUCCUCUGGCCCACUCUGCUCCUGUGCUGUCCUUGCAGCCGGGGUCACCGGGAGAGACACCUGGGCCAGCCACUGCACCAGGGGUUGCACCUGACUGGUCGUGCCUGCUUCUGACCGGGGAGGAUUUCCCCGGCGCUGGGUGAAUUCCCUGUGCGGUGAGAGCGAGACCUUCCCUACCCCACCGGCGCAGGAGGCGGUAAAGCCCCGAAGCCUCCGCGCCGCCUCGUCGUGAGCGCAGGGAGGGCACCGGCAGCCCCCAGCGUGUGAGCUGAGCUGGGGGGACACGCAGGCUGUGGAGCCUGAGCGAAAAAACCUGCCACUGUGACCUUUUGCUGAGCGAGUUCCCCUGCGAAAAGCACCUCGCGCUGACCUCACCGCCGCGUGGCAAGUAGCUGUGGUUCCCCAGUAAUUUUUUUUUUUUUUUAACAAUUAAACCGAAACCCGCCUGCCACCACCCGUCCUUCCCGGCGCCUCCGGCGUCCACUUUCCCUCUGAGCGGGUGCCGCGGGACGUGGGGUGGCCAUGGCGCUCUGCACGCAGGCUCUGGAGAGACAGCCAGAAUUUUUUGUUCACAUGGCAGCAGCAAACUCUACUCCACCUGGCUCUUUGGAUUUAAACCAGCCUGGAUUUGCAAAGGAGAUACUGGGAACUAAACUGGAGGUCAAAUACCUCUGCUCUGAUUGCAAGAAUAUAUUGAGGAGGCCGUUUCAAGCUCAGUGUGGACAUCGCUACUGUUCCUAUUGUCUGAAGAAAAUUAUAAGUGCUGGACCUCAAAAGUGUGCCACCUGUAUUCAGGAAGGAAUAUAUGAAGAAGGAAUUUCUAUUUUGGAAAAAAGCUCGGCUUUCCCAGACAACGCGGCUCGUCGGGAGGUGGAAAGUCUGCCUGCUGUCUGUAUUAACAGUGGCUGCACUUGGAAGGGGACUAUUAAAGAAUAUGAGGCUCAUGGUGAAGUUUGCCCUGAAUUUCCACUGACUUGUGAAGGCUGUGGGAAGAAGAUUCCAAGGGAGAAGUUUCGGGACCAUGUGAAGACUUGUGGCGGAUCUAAAGUGCCUUGCAGAUUUGAGGUUGUCGGAUGUGCUGAGGUGAUGUUUGCGUUCAGAUAUUCGAACAAAGUGGUGCUUCAAACCCUGUUCAAAUGGAGCUUAACAUCAUCUGCUGUCCAGAGUUUGGGUAUCCAGAGAAUGAAAUUAACGUGGAAGGAAACCUCCUCCUUGAGGAACACCCUGAGUGUUUUGAGACUGGUGUUUAUGCUUCUUUCAGCUGUGGAAAAUGAAAAGCUACCAGAACACGAAAGCAAGUGUUUGGCGGAGCAUCUCUACAUGCUGCUGAGUUUUGUGCUAAGCCUCAAGGCUGGGUCUGGAGACCUAAAGCCCCUUCCUGCCAUUUCCUCAUCACAAAACAACUCCCCACAACUGGCAGCAAACUCUCUGGGCUUGGAGUCGAAGCUCUCCAAGUCCCUGGAGCUCUUGGGAAGAUGUGAGGCCCUUGAGAGGAAAACGGCAACCUUUGAGAACAUUGUCUGCGUGCUCAAUCGGGAGGUGGAAAGAAUGUCUCUAACAGCCGAAGCCUACAGCCGGCAGCAUCAACUAGACCAGGAGAAAAUUGAAACACUGAGUAACAAGGUCCGGCAGCUGGAAAGGAGCAUUGGGCUCAAAGACCUGGCCAUGGCUGAGAUGGAGGAAAAGAUCCGCAACAUGGAAGCUUCCACCUACGACGGUGUUUUCAUCUGGAAGAUAACGGAAUUUGCCAGGAAGCGUCAGGAGGCGAUAACAGGCCGCUCUCCUGCGAUCUUCUCUCCAGCAUUCUACACGAGCAAGUACGGCUACAAGAUGUGUCUGCGCAUUUACCUGAACGGGGAUGGCACUGGGCGUGGGACCCAUUUGUCCCUGUUUUUUGUGGUGAUGAAAGGACCCAAUGAUGCGCUUCUGCGGUGGCCCUUCAACCAGAAGGUAACCCUGAUGCUCCUGGACCAGAACAACCGGGAGCACAUCAUCGAUGCCUUCCGACCCGACGUGACAUCCUCCUCCUUCCAGCGACCCAUCACGGAAAUGAACAUUGCCAGCGGCUGCCCACUGUUCUGCCCUGUCUCUGUGAUGGAAUCCAAGAACUCCUACGUGCGUGAUGAUGCCAUCUUUAUUAAAGCCAUCGUUGAUCUCACAGGCCUCUAACCCUCCUCACCUCCAGGAGCAGUGAACACAGAGCCAGCCCCACGUGGGGCAUUCCCCUCUUGUGCUGCCCUUCAGGCAGGUCUCGGAGCAAGGAGGGGGCAAAAAGCAGAAGGGGAGAAGCCCUUCCCAAAAAGGGACCUUCGCUCUGAGCGGAAACAAGGUGUCUGAUGGGAACCUUCUUCCCUGGUGUCAGACAGACCUUCCCUGAGAAGAGGUUUGGGUGGACGUUCACAGUCUGCAGGGUACAAGAUGAUUUCCUGCAGGGACUUGGGUGUCUGAACUGCCGCUGUCUAGGCUUCCAGUGGAAACCAAUGCAGCUCUUGCUUUACCAGUUUAGUGCACAGCCUCAGUGCUCCCUAGUAAAACAAGGGUUUGGCCUGCCUGAGCACCACCUCGUGUGGAUGUUUGGCUCAGCCAUCCAGGAUUUUCUUCAGAGAUCUCCAUGUUCCUGGAAGUGUUGUGUGCUGCAGGGGUGCCAUUGCUCUGCGCUGCUGGCUGGUCUGCACCUUGGUGGACAGGAAGGGUGUGUGGCAGGCUCGGUGCAAGUGGGGCGAGAGAGGUGCCAACUGGUUUGCCGCUGUUUUGGUGCCAUCGGUGCCUGCAGAGAGGGCUGCUGAACCAAGUUGUGCAGCAGGCAGGGGAGCAGUACCCUGUGUCUGGCCCUCGCUGUGUGUUUGAUGGGUGGUUUGUGCUUUGAGCGGUGUGCUGGGAGUAUGGGAUGGGUCAGGCAGUGCCCAUUGCCUGGGAGGGAGUGUGGGGCAACACUGGGGAUGCCUGUAGUGAGAGGGAAGAGAAUCUCCCCUGGAGACUGCCCGUCCUGUCCCAGGAGAGGAGGGUGACGCAGGGCUCAGUGCAGGACUUCAGCCCCUGAACCCUGGGAGCCCCAGGUGGGUUUUUAGCCAGACCCCAUCGUUCUCUGCCUGCCUGCACCUGAGCAGCAGUGGGCAGGAUGGUGGCAGUGCUGGAAGCUGUCUUUACACACGCACAGAUGCUUCUGAGCUGACUUUCAGCCCCAUCCCGGGGCAACUGCAGCAGCACAGAUGUGCCAGCCUUCCCAGGGCCCUCUCCAGCUACUGGGCACAUUACGGCCACAGCUCCGCUGCUGCCUGCGCCUGCGCUGCCGCUGUCCAUCUGCACAGGCACUCUCACCUCCGCAGCUGCAGUGCUGAUGGACACGGCCUGUCUCUUGUCCACCUGUGUGGUGGGCAGUUGCUGGCCAGCCCCUGCCCUCUCCACAUGCCUGCCUCACCCACAAGCAGCAGCUUUCCCCUGUCCUUCCCUCAGCUCUGGGAGCACCGUGCCUGCUGCUUUCCAGUCAUUGCACGCUGGAGUGCUCUGUCUGCUUGGCCCCUCAUUGAGCCUGCAGCCACCCGAGUAGGAUGUGGGGUGGCUGGAGAAGUCCUCAAAUGAAGCUUGCUGUUCCUUUUUUGUCUCUGAGCUCCUUGCACUGCUCCCUUCUGGGCAGCAAGUGCUCAGCACCCACAAGAAGGUCUCUGUAUUUGUGAAGAAACUGCUGCCAUGUCUCCAUCAUGGCUGGCUGGACCCUCUGGAGUUGUUUUGUUGUGGCCAUGAGUAACUCCAGACUGGCAGUUAGCCUGGCUGGACUCUUGAGGCUUUGCUGCCUUCUCUGUCUGUGCUUCCCUUACUGUGACCGAAUGCGCUGCAGGAGAUGGGUCAUUGGUGACAGCUGGCUACUGACCCCACCUUGCAAUAAUAGUCCAGGGCCCCGUCCAGCUCCUGUGCUGCUCCUCUGGCUGGGAGGGGGGCCAGCGGGGCUGGAGGGUGGGCACCCUCCUCUUGCUUGUGGCCGCGGUGUGUCGCCCUCGGCUGGGAGCAGCAGCAGCUCCCCGGGGGACACAAGGCUAUGGUGUGGGCACGAAGCCCCGCUGCUGGCAGGGCCUUGCCUGGCACCCAGCCCUGGCCCAUGGAUGUGGAGCCCACCCUGCUCGUGGUCUGCUUCCACCUCUGCUCUGGCACAGCUGCACAGCCACCCCGGCAGGGCCAGGGGAAUGAGCUGUGACCCAGGCAGGGCUUGGGGAGCCCUGCCAGGGCUGGCUGGCCCCCCACACCCUGUGUGGUGGUGCCACUGCCCUGACGGCUGGCACCUGGGGUGAUUUGGCGUGUCCCUGCUGCUGCUUGGGGGGACUCGGGGUGCCUGAUGGCCUUCUCCUGGCUGGUGGGCAGCUGAGCCAGACCCUGACCCAAGGGUGCUGUGCUGGCUGGGGGCUCUUCCUGCCUGGGAGCGGGUGCUGGGACAACCUUUGAGCCCCUCUUUGAAUUCUCCAUGUGGAUCUUUCCAUACCUGUUGUGUGCAAAGGCUGGGGCUGGGGGUGGACUCUGCUGUUUCAGCAGAAGUGGGGGGAGGCUGUGCCAGCACAGCAGCUCUGGGCGAGCUGGGGGUGCCCAUCAGGUGGGGUGGCUGCAGCAGGGUGGGCUGAGAAACCUCUGGGCAUGGCUGCUAUGAAAAGGUGAGGGGCCCUGUACAGGCAGGGCCUGCCUGUUUCUUCCCAAGGGCAGUUGGUCGGUGGGUGUGUGUCCGCCUGGAACUGCUCUUUGCAGAGCAGGGCUGAACCACUGCCUGUGCCCUGCCUUGCUGCUGCCUCCCCUGGGGCCCUCAGCUCUUCUCAGCAGUGACGAGUGGCAGGACCCUUCCUUUGCACAAGCCACUUUCCAGCCUGUCCUGAGGAAUGGAGCAAGCCCUGUGCUGCCACUGUCCACCUGUUACCUUAGGAGAAAAAAAAAAAAAGGCUUAGCAAAGCCCAGCGCUGCUCCCACCUGCAGCAGCUCUCCACAGCCAGGCCCAAGGGAGGCUCCCAGCCCUGCAGAGGCUGGGAAGGGCCUGGAAAGGGGGAGGAAAAUCAGCUCUGCUCAUUUAGCAGUUGGGAAUUAAGUGUAUUGGCCUGGGGCAGGGGGAGGUGUGGAGUGUGGUCUGAGUUGAUGUGAAUGUCUUUGCUCUUGUGGUGCUGGACACCCCCCCAAUGGCCUGCAGCAGGGCCGGGUGGCUCUAGCCAAGUGGUCCCGGGGGUGCCUGUGGAGACACUGGCUCAGCUGGGGGGGGGGGGGGUCGGUCUGGGCUGUUUCAGGGGGUGGGUCGUGGUCCUCCUGCCCCAGCAGGCAUCUGGAAGGUCUGUGCUUCAAGCAGAGACCAGGCUCUCCCCGUUGAUCCUGCAGAGGGGACAGCGGGGCUGUGCUGGUGUUGGGGAGGGUCGUGGCAGGGGUCUGGCACAGCAGGUGAGCCCCUGUGACAGGAGAUUGUACUCACUGCUGGUUUUCCCUUCCCUCGUGGUGUGGCUGAGGAGCGGCAGACCUGGUGCUGACAAUGCUGGCUGGCCCUUUUUCAUUUUUUUUAGCCGCUCUGGAGCGUGCAGUGGUAAUUGUAGUGUGUCCCAUGCAUUUCAGGCAGGGGUAUGGUACCUUCCUGGGCACAGCUCUGCCAGCCUGUCUGGCACACAGACACUUGGCACAAGCCACCACUGGAAUUUCUGUGUUGGUUUGGGUUUUUCUUCCUUCCCCCCCUUUCUUCUUUUUUUCCGAUUUGACCACAGCUAUCAGAGAACACCCAUCUCAGCCUGGCACUGUGAAGUAAGUUGUUUGGGUUUUAUUUUGGUUUAUUUUCUUUGAGGAUGGAGUAUGGGCAAAACCACUAAUAAAAGCCAUUGGAAGGGCA